AUGGGGGAUCGUAAGCCAAGUUUGGUACUAGAACCGGGAACGGUUAUCAAACCAGUAAUUGACCAUGAGGAAGUGAAACUGCUGGUGGAAAGGCUGUACGGGAUAUCGGUUUUGGAGCUCACGGAGUUAAAUGGCUACGAUGACAAGAACUAUAAAAUCAUUGAAGACCCCAAUGUGAAAAAUCCUCUCAUUGUGAACCAUAGUCCGUAUGGCUAUGUUCUGAAGAUCAUGAACUCUAUGGACUCGCAGAACUUGGGGGUAGUGGAAGCUCAAAAUGAAAUUAUGAACUAUCUGACCACUCGUUCAGUGACAUGCCCGAAACCAGUACGUAACGUGUUCGGUCACCUGUACUCGCUGGAGAUCAUCAGCGGCAAGCGGCACGCUGUACGUCUGCUUGAGUACGUGCCCGGAGAGCUGCUGAAGGACGUACCCAGGUCUGAAGCGCUGUUCUACCAGCUGGGCGAGUUUGUGGCCAACCUUGACAACAAACUACAGAAUUUCAACCACUCGGGCUUGGUGGAGCGCGAGCACAUCUGGAUGCUGAGCAAGGUUCCGGACCUAGAUAAUUUCAAGUACGUCAUCAAGGAUGCUGAAAAAUUGGACCUCGCGGAAGAGGUAAUAGAGGAAUACAAGUACGCAGUGGUUCCCCGCCUCGAGGAACUGGAGAAGGGAGUCAUUCACGGAGAUGUCAAUGAGAUGAACAUCAUCGUAGGUCUGAAGCCUGGAGAAAACAAAACCGACUACCGGGUGACUGGCAUCAUUGACUUCGGCGACAUCCAGUACUCGUACUACGUGUUCGAGCUGGCCAUCAGCAUGACUUACAUGAUGCUGCUGACUGGGGACCUUCGCACCGCUGGCAUCGUGCUCGCCGGAUACACCGUCAAUAGAAGGCUGCCUGAUGAUGAAUACAGGCUGCUGAAGACGCUGAUCUCGGCCAGGCUGGUUCAAAGCUUGAUCUUGGGAGCGUAUACCAUAGAGCAAGACCCUAACAACACUUACGUCACUUCCACUGAGAAAGCAAACGGCUGGGAGCUGCUCAGGAGGAUCAGGAAGACCAAGCCUAACCCCGAAGGAGACGACACGGACUGGAAGACAAUCGCCACUGAAUAUCUGACCAGGAGCUAG